AUGCAUGCAUUCUAUCUAUCUAUCUAUCUAUCUAUCUAUCUAUCUAUCUAUCUAACAUAUCUAUCUAUCUCAGCCUUUCCCUCUUUUAUUCCGCUUACUCUUAUAUUACGUUCCCUCUUUUAUUUCGCUUUUAUUCCAUUCCGUCUUUUAUUCCGCAGCCUCUUUUAUUCCAUUCCGUCUUUUAUUCCGCAGCCUCUUUUAUUCCGUUCCCUCUUUUAUUCCGUUCCCUCUUUUAUUCCGUUCCGUCUUUUAUUCCAUUCCGUCUCAAAUUCCGUUCCGUCUUUUAUUCCGUUCCGUCUUUUAUUCCAUUCCGUCUUUUAUUCCGUUCCCUCUUUUAUUCCGUUCCGUCUUUUAUUCCAUUCCGUCUUUUAUUCCGUUCCCUCUUUUAUUCCGUUCCCUCUUUUAUUCCGUUCCGUCUUUUAUUCCAUUCCGUCUUUUAUUCCGUUCCCUCUUUUAUUCCAUUCCGUCUUUUAUUCCGUUCCCUCUUUUAUUCCAUUCCGUCUUUUAUUCCAUUCCGUCUUUUAUUCCGUUCCCUCUUUUAUUCCGUUCCCUCUUUUAUUCCGUUCCGUCUUUUAUUCCAUUCCGUCUUUUAUUCUGUUCUCUCUUUUAUCCCGUUUCCUCUUUUAUUCCGCUCCCUUUUUUAUUACGUUCCCUCUUUUAUUAUGUUCCCUCUUUUAUUCCAUUCCGUCUUUUAUUCUGUUCCCUCUAUUAUUCUAUUCUAUCUUUUAUUCCGCUCCCGCUUUUAUUCCAUUCCGUCUUUUAUUCCAUUCCGUCUUUUUUACGCAGCCUCUCUUAUUACGUCACCUCUUUUAUUCCAUUCCGUCUUUUACUCUGCUCCCUCUUUUAUUACGUUCCUUCUUUUAUUCCAUUCCGUCUUUUAAUCCGUCCUCUCUUUUAUUCUGUUCCCUCUUUUAUUCCAUUCUAUCUUUUAUUCCGCUCCCCCUUUUAUUCCAUUCCGUCUUAAAUUCCAUUCAGUCUUUUAUUCCGUUCCUUCUUUUAUUCCAUUCCGUCUUUUAUUCCAUUCCGCCUCAAAUUCCGCUCCGUCUUUUAUUCCGUUCUCUUCUUUUAUUCCAUUCCGUCUUUUAUUCCGUUCCUUCUUUUAUUCAAUUCCGUCUUUUAUUCCGCUGCCCCUUUUAUUCCGUUUCCUCUAUUAUUCCGUUCCCUCUUUUAUUCCAUUCCUUCUUUUAUUCCGCUCCCACUUUUAUUUACAGAGUCGAGAAUUUUUGUGCGUGCCUAAGUUUAUUUAUUGCUCUAGAGUCAAUAUUUUAA